UAAUUUGCAUGCUCUAAAAAUGUCGGGGGGUUCUAUUCCAAGUAACUUCUUGAAGAAUGUUCUAAAUAAUGGAAUAGGACGAUAUGUUUGUCAAAUGAAGAGAGUAACCUUUAAAUUCUGUAAACAAAGAAACGACAGUCAAGGCACGAGAGAUUUUAUAGAAAAUCAUCUUCUAGACUUUACCAAUGCCCACCCUGGUGUUGUUGUGUAUAUUCAACCCAGAAAUAACCGACCAUCAAAAAUUGUUGCUGAAUACUUAAAUGGUAGAAGUGAAGGUAUAGCUACUACCAAAAUGCCACAAGAAGAAAUAUGUCAAUGGUUAGAACACUUGAGAACACGAUCUGGUGCUGAAAUAGUUAGAUUACGUAAAAAUCAUCAUACAGAUAAUCCUUCUACUCAAGGAGUUUGGCAUCCUUUCACAAAUAAAGAUACAUCUUUAAAUCUUGCCAAGUUUCCUGAUAAUGACUCUUAUAAAGUGCCAUCCACUGUGUCUACUACUGAUAGACUUUUAGAAAUGGGAAGAAAGUUACGUCAGGAGAAACUUAGUGAAAAAUCAUAAAUUUGGAUUUGUGUGUGUGGAUGUGAAAUUAGUAUAUAAAGCCAGAAUUUUUUUUAAAAGUAUAUUGUAUCUUAUAGCUAUUAGAAGUAUAAAUUCAGCAAAUAUGGGCAAGAUUGUUAAAUUGGAUGUAAUUCUUGAAAUAUUGAUGAUCAGAAUAGUGGUAUAUAGUUAUUCAUAUAUAUUUUCAUGGGUCAUUGUUACUCCAUACAGCAGAGGUUUAACAUCACUAAUCAUACCUCAUUUUAUACAAACAGAACUAAAUUCUCUCAUAGAGUGUAUAACUGGGUUGUUGAUAAUAUAAACUAAUAUAUCUUUAG